UGGGGAGCGGGGCUGCGGGCAGCGGGCUGCCGGGAUCGCGCUACUCCUAGCUGGGCAGCCCCGGCAAGACAGAGACCGAGGGGAGGCUGUACCCGAGCCUGGUAAAGUUUUGGACAGUGCUUUCCCAAGAGGUGUGAUGAGAAAUGGCUUUAGGAAACACCCAGCGAAGUUAUUCCAUCAUCCCAUGUUUCAUCUUUGUCGAGCUUGUCAUCAUGGCUGGGACCGUUCUGCUCGCCUACUACUUCGAGUGCACUGACACUUUCCAGGUGCAUAUCCAGGGUUUCUUCUGUCAGGAUGGAGAUUUGAUGAAGCCUUACCCAGGAACGGAGGACGAGAGCUUUAUUUCACCUCUGGUGCUGUACUGCGUGCUGGCUUCGACCCCGACAGCUAUUAUUUUUAUCGGCGAGAUCUCCAUGUAUUUCAUAAAGUCAACCCGAGAAACCCUGAUUGUCCAGGAGAAAACUAUCUUGACCGGAGAGUGCUGUUACCUGAACCCGUUACUUCGAAGAAUUAUACGGUUUAUAGGGGUGUUUGCAUUUGGACUUUUUGCCACUGACAUAUUUGUAAAUGCUGGCCAGGUAGUGACGGGGAACUUGGCUCCUUACUUCCUGACGGUGUGUAAACCCAACUACACGGGGAGCGACUGCCGGGCUCACCAUCAGUUCAUAAACAAUGGGAAUAUCUGCACCGGGGACCUGGAGGUGAUUGAAGAGGCAAGGAGAUCCUUUCCAUCCAAACAUGCUGCUUUGAGCAUUUACUCAGCCCUUUACGCCACGAUGUACAUCACAAGCACAAUUAAAACAAAGAGCAGCAGACUAGCAAAGCCUGUGCUGUGUCUGGGGACCCUCUGUGCUGCCUUCCUCACCGGGCUAAAUCGAGUUUCCGAGUAUCGAAACCACUGUUCGGAUGUGAUUGCAGGCUUCAUCUUGGGAAGCGCGGUAGCGUUGUUUCUGGGAAUGUGUGUUGUCCAUAACUUUAAAGGAACACAUGGAGCGCCUUCUAAACCGAAGCCUGAAGAUCCCCGAGGGAUGCCCCUCAUGGCUUUUCCAAGAGUGGAAAGUCCCCUGGAGACAUUGAGUGCACAGAAUCACUCUGCCUCUAUGACUGAAGUAACCUGAGCUGGAAGAUGGCAAGAGAAGCUAUUUUUAUUACCCUUCAGUACAAUGCUCCAAGACACACAGUUACUAAAUGUCCAACUGUGACGACCAGUAUUAUGUUAUGUCUAGUUAGAGGCUGAUGUUUUGUACAUUUUUUGUAUGAGGAAGUGAUGUAGCUUGCCCUGAUUUUUUUUUGUCAGCUUUAAUAUAUUUAUGCCAGAAUUUAAAAACAAAAACAAAACAAACAGAACCCAACCUCUUUUCUUGUUUAAAGUGUGCACUGAGGAACUACAUCUAUGGAAUUGUUGAUGUUGUUAUGUGAUAUUUG